UGUUUUCUUUUCUUUUUCUUUUUUUUUUUUUUUUUUUUUUUUCUUACCUUUUAAUAAUAUCUAAUAUUGAACUCAUCCUCGCCUCACUUUUCCACUUGCGUCGCUGCUUCCGAAUACUUACGCAUAGAAUUUGAACCAUCACACUGUCGACAUACCACGACCCGGUUCACGAUGGUCCCUAAUAAUCAACUCCUCCGACUCACCAUCGCGAAUCGUGAACCCGUCACCGUCGCAAUGGCGACUCCGCCCCCGGAGGAGGAUCUAUAUCUCUCGAAACGGCACGAAGAGGACGAUUACGAAGAAGCGAAUCGAGAACGAAAAAAGGACUACAGCUCACACACUCACAAAUGUUCGCGCCGGCACAAUGAUCCCAUGACUCGAAUCUACCGCUUAACUCCCAUUCCGACCAUUCUUCUCGACGCUUCCCUACAAAUCAUCGAGGUAUCCGACAGCCAUCUUGCUUUCUUCCAUCAAUGCAGAGACGCGCUGUUGGACAAGUGUAUAUACGAUAUCUCGUCAUGCGUCGUCUUCUCCGACAUUGUGAUCUUUAGCGGCGCCCUACGAGCGGCCGUCACCAGCCGCGACGUCCAGACGAUUGACGGCAUCCAUCUUCCCGAUACAAACUCCUACUUCUCUCUACGAUUGAUACCGAUUUUCGACGGUCCGGAGCUGAUCUACAUGGUCCUCGAGACUCAGAAUGUCACCAACGAACACGCAGAAUCCCGCGCAUGCAGCAAGCAGACUCACAUUAAUGAAACCUAUCGGACGUUGCUGGACACCGUCAAAGACUACGCCAUCUUCAUGCUCGACACGCGCGGGAACAUUGCGACUUGGAACUCCGGGGCCGCCGUGUUGAAUGGAUAUCCAGCGGAUGAAAUCAUCGGCCAGCAUUUCUCCAUCUUCUACAGCGACGAGGAUUGUUUGCGACAGAAGCCUGAAAAAGAGCUCGAGGUUUGUCUGCGCGAUGGCAAGGUGGAGGAUGAAGGCUGGCGGUAUCGUCGAGACGGAUCGCGAUUCUGGGCCAACGUCCUCGUGACGCCUAUCCACCAAUUCGGGCAUCAUGUCGGUUUCGCAAAAGUCACCCGGGACCUGACUGAGCGCAAGGCCGCCGAGGCCCGUUUAAUUGCUGCGUUUGAAGAAUCGUCGAAACUCAAGAGUGACUUUUUGGCCAAUAUGAGCCACGAGAUCCGUACCCCGAUGAACGGCAUGCUGCUGGCUCUGACCAUGUUGACGAGCACGGAGCUCAACCAACAGCAGCAGGAGUAUGCGUCUAUUAUUGAAGAUUCGACAUCCAUUCUGCUGCAGGUGAUCAACGACGUUUUGGAUUAUUCGAAACUGUCGUCUGGGGCCUUUUCAUUGCACUCGGAUAUCGUCAAUGUCCGAACGAUAAUCGACGCCGUUGUGCGAAACUGCAACCCCCUUCUCAAGCCGGGAGUUGAAUUGACCAGUCAUCUUCCGGACGACUUCCCCCUGUAUCUCAAAGGCGACCCGCUUCGGUUCCGGCAGGUGCUGCAGAAUCUCGUCGGGAAUGCAGUCAAAUUUACCGAGCAAGGCAGCGUCAGGAUUCACACGUCGUUUUCCGUCAACGAGGAAAAGCGAGAUGCCUAUGAUAUUUUGACUGAAGUUGUUGAUACCGGUAUCGGGGUGCCGGCUGAUUCCAUUAAUACCCUUUUCACCCCAUUCACACGAUUCGCAGACUCCUGCACCAAGAAGUAUCAAGGGACAGGUCUGGGUCUUUCGAUUUGCAAAGGUCUAGCCGAGCUGAUGGACGGAACGGUCGGAUUCAGACCAAAUCCAGACGGCCGCGGAAGUGUCUUCUGGGUGGCAGCGCGAAUGAAUUGCACGGACGAGGUGGACUCAACCCGAGCAUCCGGCCUCGCCUCCGAAGAAACCCUUGACCCAACCGAAGAAAUCCGCAAGAUCGCACCCCAGAAACACAUCCUCCUCGUCGAAGACAACAUGGUGAACCAAAUGGUGAUGCGCAAGCUCCUGCACAGCGUGGGAUUCGAGCGCGUCGACGUCGCAUGGGACGGUGCGCAGGCGGUGCGAAUGGUCCAGCAGCGUCCGUUAUCGUAUAACGUGGUUUUGAUGGAUGUUAAUAUGCCGGUGUUGAGCGGGUUAGAUGCGACAUCGCGGAUUCGAGAGUUUCAUAUCGAUGUUCCUAUUAUCGCGCUUACGGGGAAUGCGCUGAAGGGCGAUGCGGAAACGUAUUUGGCAAAGGGGAUGAAUGAUUAUUUGGCGAAACCGAUUCAUCGGCAGCAGCUAUUGAGGAUGCUUUGGAAGUGGAUUGUUUGAUGGGGUUUCAUGGCAGAGAUGUUGGGCAUCUCUGUCUCGUUUUUCACUUCAUUGAGACACUAUCAUCCGACUCGCAUUUUCAGGUUUCACUUGUGGAUUCCAGGCAAACCGAAUCGAGCAUAGCAUGCGUCGACAAAACCAUGAUGUCCAAUCCGACGCAAGAUUGAAAUACGCAUACGGUCUGUCUCUCCCUCUGGAACCUGUCAUGAUCAUUCACGACCGGGACUUACGAGCACAAUGAACCUGCUGGCACCCGACGAUACGGUACGUUCCCUGCAUUUCGACGCCUUUUCACCCUGUUUGCCCUUAUUUCUUAUACAACGUCCAUCGGCGACACUAACGGCCUCGAUCAGUACCAGCAAGCUCUGUCAAUCAGAUGAGAGCAUCGUCAUCGCUCCUUCAGCCAUGAUAGCCCAGACCCAAGCGACUUGACCAUUGGAUCUUUGCGUAAGCAGAACCGUCCG